GAGAUUUUGUUUUUUAAUUAGAGUUGGAGAUGAUGAAAGAACGAUUUGCAAAAUUGUUGCUGGGAGAAGACAUGUCUGGUUGUGGAAAAGGAGUUUGCUCUGCAAUGGCGAUUUCAAAUGCUAUUACCAAUCUCUGUGCCACGCUCUUUGGGCAGCUCUGGAGAUUGGAACCUUUAUCUGAUGAAAAGAAAUCCAUGUGGCGAAGAGAAAUGGAUUGGCUUGUUUGUGUCAGCGAUCACAUAGUUGAGUUCAAACCUUCCUGGCAAACCUUUCAUGAUGGAAGCAAGCUUGAGGUAAUGAGUUGCAGGCCAAGGCCUGAUCUUUAUAUCAAUCUCCCAGCAUUGCGAAAGCUAGACAAUAUGCUAAUUGAAGUUUUGGAUAGCUUUAAAGAUUCAGAAUUUUGGUAUGUUGAUAAAGGCAUAUUAGCCCCAGAAACAGAUGGUUCGGUCUCUUUCCAUAGAAACAUCCAGCAUCAAGAGAAGUGGUGGCUUCCUUCACCUCGUGUUCCUCCCAGUGGUCUUUCUGAGAAGACAAGAAGGCAAUUGGUGCACAAGAGAGAAUGCACGAAUCAAAUAUUGAAGGCUGCAACGGCUAUUAACAGCAAUGCAUUAGCUGAAAUGGAGAUUCCUGAAUCUUACAUAGAAUCACUUCCAAAGAAUGGAAGAACCAGUCUUGGAGAGGCGACCUAUCGUUAUAUCACAUCAGAUAAAUUCUCCCCUUAUUUCCUUCUUGAUUGCCUUAAUUUGUCAUCCGAACACCAAGCACUAGAACUCGCCAACCGUGCUGAAGCAGCCUCAUAUGUAUGGCGUCGAAGAUCAGUUCCAAGAACUCCAUAUAAUCCCAUGCGAGCAAAUCCCCGACCAUCUUGGGGGAUGGUCAAGGAGAUCAUGAUGGUAGAUGGUGAUAAAAGGGAAUUGCUUGCAAGUAGAGCUGAUUCCCUCUUAAUUUGUUUGAAACAAAGGUUUCCUGGUCUUACUCAAACAACAUUAGACAUGAGCAAAAUACAAUUCAAUAAGGAUAUUGGGAAGUCGAUUCUUGAAGCCUACUCAAGGGUUUUAGAGAGCCUUGCAUUUAACAUCAUCGCUCGAAUUGACGAUCUCUUCUAUGUUGAUGACUUGAUUAAGAAUACAAUUCAGUUGUCACAUGUUCCAGAAGUCAGCAUAGCUUCUCAAAAGAAGGUCUCCAUUGCAUUCCCUGUGCCUGUCUCAGGCACUCCAUAUAAAACUUUGCAUACAAACAAAAGCCUCUCACCUCCAUUGCUUAGUCCUGCAAGGGGAGGAGAGAGGUCCCCUUUCAUCAAUAAGAAAAUACAUGGCCGUGGUUUUGGUGUGAAGAAGGUUUUGACUGAUUACCUUGGUGUGGAUUCGAGGGAUAAGGGUACCACAGUAGUUUCAUCCACUGGAAAACAGAAGCCAUGAAUCAAUACGCAAUUGAGAACUAGCUUGAAAAUGUGACAUAAACGCUGACAAAAGUUCAAAUUAGAUUAAACUUUGGAAUGAAAUCAAUGAAGAUAGUGUAACAGCAAUCUCAUUGGAGUUACAGCUAGCUAGAAUCUUGCAUUUUGAGCUCUCUUGAAAUUAGCUUUUUCUGCCAUGACAGUAUUGAAGUGAUUGAAGUUAUAAUCUCAAGACAAAGCUCGAAUCAGUCCGCAUUUAAAGUGGUCUCUUGAAAAGAAUCUCUGCUUGUCAGCACUUCAGAUGGUACUCGUCAACAUUGAUGAGAAAGAUUCAGCUUCAAGAGCUGUGCUUUUAACCACAGUGUAGCUUGUAGUACUAGCUUUGAUUUCUUCUAGUGUUAGUAAAAAAUAUUAGAGACUUUCUUUCUUUAUUAAAGGUUUGAACUUGAUUUGGUCGUUUAAAAGAGAGAAUAUAUGAACAGCACCUCAUUUAGCUGCUUAAAAAUUUUACUAGUAAUUAUGCUAGCAUUCCUUUUGCUAAGUUUU